GAGACAGCAUGUGAUACAUUACCGAAAUAAAUCUUCCUUAGCAAGUAUGCAACAUGUUAUGAUCGAAUCUAUCGUUCCAAUAAACCUGUGGCUUAGUAUUUGAUUUCAAAUUGCAUCGAUUCAUUUAUUAGCACGAAAACGAAUGAGAUGAUGUGUUGCAUACUAUGCUGAUAUUAUAGGUAUAUGAAAGAAAUUAAUAACAAAAUCAUAUAUGAAGAUGACCACCACGAUAGGAGACGUACAAACUCUGCAAACUUUAACGUCACACACCAGUGACGUUACGAGUAUUGAUUUUGCGAGCGAUUGCGUACUGGUAACUGGAUCUGGAGAUAAACGUGUCAGAGUUUGGCAAUGGCGAUUAGGCGAAGGGUACGUAGAGGCAUAUUUUUCGCCGUUGCAGGGGCACAAAUACGGAGUUACAUCUGUCAAAGUGAGCCCACAAUCGACGAUGCUAGCUUCGGCUAGUAUAGAUGGGACAACGUUGCUAUGGAAUUUACGAUUUUGGCAAUUCAUACGUCUGUAAGAUACAGAUUCCUAUAUACACACAGGAUCAAAAAUUCAUACGAUGGUUCAAGUAGGCGGAGAAACUGUAAGAGUUUGCAGAUUUUCGCCCGAUUCAACGUUACUUGCAACUGCCGGAGAUAAUGGACAGGUUUGUCUUUGGGAUUUGAUUCGACGCAAUCUAGUUAGAUAUUUUCAAAAACAUGAAGGUGCUGUGCAGAGCGUAUGCUUUUCACCGGAUACCAGUUGGUUAGUAACUACUUGUACGUUUGGUGUCAUGAAAUUAUUCGCCACCAGCGAUAUCAUCGACUCGUGCUUUACCGAUAAUCAAGCGAUUACUGCCCUCGCCUCAAUAGAUGAUGCUCAUGAUUUAGGUGUCGUAUCUUGCGACUUUUCAACCUGCCAAAAGAUUACAGGUAACGAACCAUUCACAAAAGUGUACCAACUAGUUACUUGCGGUAAUGAUCAUUACGUAAAAUUAUGGGAGAUAACUGUGAUACAGUCGAAAUGCGAAACAUCCACCGUGAAAAUAAGCCUGUGCAGAAUCAUGGAAAAACACAGUAGUGCUUUAACUUGUGUUUGUUUCAAUGCGAACGGAUUAUUCAUCGCUAGUAGUGGCCUCGACAAAACGGCGGUAAUCUGGGAAACGGAUACCGGAAAAGUUAUGGCGAUAAUAACAGGACAUAACAGAUAUGUAGCAUGCUGUGCGUUCUCGAGAGAUGGAAAUUUAUUAGCUACAGGUUCCAACGAUAAAUCCGUAAUUGUUUGGGAUCUUAAAGGAAACUUAUGCUUCGAUUCGGAACUCGCACGACGAUUUACACCUGCCUUAUUUUUAGAUAAUCACGAAGAGAGCGUCGAAUAUGAACAAACUGUAAUGAAAAACGCGGAAACAUCUGUUAAUGACGUUCAACUAAUUCAAAGAUUAGAAGAGCACGGUGGAGUAAUAAACAGCGUAGCUUUCUACGGAAAUCAUCUUAUCGCUUCUGGAUCUGGGGACAAGUUAAUACGAGUUUGGAGCAUUGAGACCGAAGAAGAAGCCAAUGCCGAAAUUAUUACGAAAUUUCAAGAGAAAUCUUAUAGCCCGUUGGAUGGUCAUAAAUAUAGUAUAAACCAUGUGGAAUUUAGCCCUUGUGGUCGUAUGCUUGCCUCCUGCUCCUUAGAUGGAACUGUUAUCAUCUGGGAUACCGAGAACGGUUCUCAAGCAAAAUCUUCCUUCGUGAAUUCGGGAUCCGGUAUCCGUGUUUGUCGAUGGUCACCGGAUGGUACUAAAAUUGCUACAGCUGGAGACGAUGAAAGGACUACAUUAUGGGAUGUGAAUAAUAUGGAGGAACUUUGCAUUUUCAGUGGUCAUGCCGAUGCAAUAAACGCGAUUGCCUUUACACAUGACUCUUGUUACUUGAUUACGGCAUGCAACGAAGGUACUUGGAGGCUGUUUCAAAUCAGUGAUAACAAAAAUUGUGAAGCGCUGAUUAUUUGUGGCGAAGCUCAUGACUUAGGCGUCCAAGGGUGUGAUUUUUGUCCAACAUCUAAUUUUAUAACUAAUGGAAGAAGUGAGAAUAUAAUUGCCAACAAAAAUUCUUAUCUAUUAGCAACUGGUGGCAAUGAUUCCUUGGUUAAGUUAUGGGAAAUAACAAUUGACAAAGUUAACGUAAUCUCAUCAGGUAGUAGUGGAAGCAGUAGCGGUGAUGUACGAUAUAAAGAAAGAAGAUCUUUCGCCGGACAUGGUGGCAAUGUGACUUGUGUUCGAUUUCCUCCGAUUCAAAGCGAAAUCUUAGGAAGCGUAGCUACUGAUAGAACGGCGCGUAUAUGGAAUGUAUACUCUGGGACGUGUUUAUACGUGCUAGAAGAGCAUGAAAGUCUUGUAACUGCCUGCGCUUUUUCGCAAGACACUUCUCUUUUUAUUACAGGUGCUCUAGAUAAAAUUGUCUUAAUCUGGAAAAUACCUCAACAGUUGAUUUCGCAAAAUAUAUUAAUAAAUAACUUAAAAAAUAACAGAAAAAGGGUUGCGGACUGGAAAAUCGAUGAUACGUUGAGAUGGUUGGACGAAAUAGGCUUAUCGAUAUUAAUUAAGAAAGCUAAUACGAUUUCUUUAACGGGACGACAUUUACUUUCCCUAUCGGAGAAUGAAUUAACAAACAGACUGGACAUAGAACAAGAUGAAGAGACAGCGGAAACAUUUAAAACACAACUGUACUGGUUAAAACGUGAAGACAAUAAUUCUUCAGAAAUCCCUAUAGACGAUAGCGAAAUAUCUCACGAAUUUUUAUGCCCUAUCACGCAUGAAAUAAUGAAAGAACCUGUCCAAUGUUCUGAUGGAUUUACAUAUGAAAAAGCUGCUAUAAAUGAAUGGUUUUUAUGUGGGAAAUAUACAAGUCCAAUGACGAACAAACCUCUUCGAGAUACUUCAUUUACCCCAAAUGUUAUACUCAGGAAUGCGAUAUACACUUUUCUUCAUGGAAAUCGACCAACUGAUGACAAUUAAGUGUUACAUCUAAUGGUGUGUAAACUAGAAUAUAAAAUGUAACUUCAAAGAAGCUUUUUUCUUUUUUCUUUUUAUAUAUCUACAUACUAUAUUAUACAUCCACCUGACACGAAUUUUUCUUACACUUGAGGUUAUGCACUCUCAUGAACGGGUAUAUGAAGUUUUAAAAGGAACAAAUAAAUACGCACAAAAAGUUGUUAACAGACUAAUCAACAAAAUCGAUAUAACAUAGCAAAUAUGUACGUACAUUUGUGAGAAUUUUGUAAACAUCUGCUAAUAAAUAUAUUAAUUAUAUAAA